AUGCCAAAGAAAAACUCCACAGUUGUGGCUGAGUUCCUCUUUGAAGGUUUCUCCAGCUUUGAUUGGCAGCACAGACUUGGCUUCUUUAUUGUGUUCCUAACGCUGUACCUUCUGACUCUGUCUGGCAACAUGAUCAUUGUAACAAUUAUUCGUCUGGACCGCCAUCUCCAUACACCCAUGUACUUUUUUCUGAGCAUGCUCUCAAUCUCUGAGACUUUCUAUACCAUUGCCAUUAUUCCACGGAUGCUAGCUGGCCUCCUUAAUCCUUACCGGGGCAUAGAUAUUCAAUGUUGUGCAACCCAGCUCUUCUUUUAUCUAACUUUUGGCAUCAACAACUGUUUUCUCCUCACAGCAAUGGGUUAUGACCGCUAUGUGGCCAUCUGCAAUCCUCUAAGGUAUUCGGUUAUCAUGGGUAGGAAGGCCUGUAUCCUCUUAGCAUCUGGGUCACUGGGAAUUGGCCUGAGCAUGGCUAUAGUCCAAGUUACAUCAGUGUUUGGCCUACCAUUCUGUGAUGAGUUUGUUAUUGCCCACUUCUUCUGUGAUGUGAGACCCCUGCUGAAACUGUCCUGCACAGAUACCACUAUCAAUGAGAUAAUCAACUUUAUUGUCAGCGUAUGUGUCCUUGUGGUACCCAUGGGUCUUGUCUUCAUCUCCUAUGUUGUUAUCAUCUCUACCAUCCUUAAGAUUGCCUCAGCUGAAGGCCGGAAGAAGGCCUUUGCCACCUGUGCCUCCCACCUUACUGUGGUCAUCAUCCACUAUGGCUGUGCCUCAAUAAUCUAUCUAAAACCAAAGUCCCAGACUUCCCUGGGGCAAGACAGGCUCAUCUCAGUGACUUACACUGUCAUCACCCCUCUACUGAACCCAGUGGUAUACAGUUUGAGAAACAAAGAGGUCAAAGAGGCUCUACGAAAGGCCAUAGGACUUAGGCCUCUUUCCUCUUAA